CAGAAACUGGAGGAAGCUGAGAAGGCGGCUGAUGAGAGCGAGAGAGGCAUGAAGGUCAUCGAAAACAGGGCCAUGAAGGACGAGGAGAAGAUGGAGCUCCAGGAAAUGCAGCUGAAGGAGGCGAAGCACAUAGCGGAGGAGGCUGACCGCAAAUACGAGGAGGUUGCCCGCAAGCUGGUUGUCCUUGAGGGAGAGCUGGAGCGCUCGGAGGAGAGGGCAGAAGUGGCAGAGAGCCGAGUGAGACAGUUGGAAGAAGAACUGCGGACCAUGGACCAGACUCUCAAAUCCCUCAUUGCCUCAGAGGAAGAGGAGGAAAUCAAGCUUCUAGGGGAGAAACUGAAGGAGGCUGAGACCCGGGCAGAGUUUGCAGAGAGGUCUGUGGCAAAGCUGGAGAAAACCAUCGACGAUCUAGAAG